GCAUGCAGAUUGACGAAAGCAGUUCCAGUCAUAUCRUUUUACUCCAUUUUGUAUUCAACACGACUCCAAAAAUUCAAUGUUCGAGUUGACAAACUCAAAACAAGGCACCUCGUACUUAAUACACGCUGUGUGCUAAGCACUCCUAGUACUCCCAGCUCGCGAGACACGGAUGGUUAAGGGUACCUGUAGUUGUAGAUGAAUGACUGAUCGUUCAAGGGUGCCUCCAACAUGUCGUACUUGCUGCCAUCCAUCGCUGCUCUAAUUCUAGUCAUGGCUCAAUUAAUCAAAACACAAAGUCCAGACUUCAAUUGGGGAAUAUACAACUGUAGAGAGCUUGAAACCAAAUGCCUUUCAUACUUCUUUGGACCCCCAGGGGAUAUGGGACAGUUGGGGCAACCCGGGAUCCCAGGACAAGAYGGUCUCCCCGGUACCCCUGGACCAAAAGGGCCCAAGGGAUACAGCGGGAUUGGAGAGCCCGUCCCUAUAGCCGGUCCAAAAGGCUAUACUGGUAUUCCUGGUCUUAAAGGCAUCAAGGGAGUCCGCGGUAACCGAGGAUUAAAGGGCGAGAAAGGAGACUCUGGGAGCAGUCUCCAGGGUGAUAAAGGAGACAAUGGAUUUCCUGGCUUCCCAGGCCCCAAGGGAUUCCCUGGAAGCGGUGGAAUGGUACUAGGAUGGAAGAGCUGUUCUUGGAAGUUUGAUUCGCUACAGGAAUAUGGCCUGACUAAG